AUGGAACAAACAGAUACGACCAUCACUGACCUCGAUCUCACCCAGUACGGGCUGAAAAAAAUCGCGAGCGGCAAAGUUCGCGAACUCUACGAGAUCGAUUCCGAUACCCUCCUCUUCGUCGCCACGGACCGCAUAUCAGCCUACGAUGUCAUCCUCGCCAAUGGCAUCCCAGGCAAAGGCGCCCUCCUAACCCAGCUCUCCGCCCACUGGUUUUCUCUAAUCCAAACCCACCUCCCCACCCUCCGCACCCAUCUCCUCCCAACCCCAACAGCACUCCCCCCCUCCCUUCCCCGCAACCUCUCCACCCGCUCAAUGCUUGUGCAGCGCCUCAAAAUCAUCCCCUUGGAGUCCAUCGUGCGCGGCUACAUCACCGGCUCCGCGUGGGCAGAGUACAAAACGCACGGCACCGUGCACGGCGUUCCUGUCCCGUCUGGCCUGCAGGAGAGUCAGAAAUUCGACACCCCAGUUUGGACGCCGAGUACCAAGGCUCCGGCUGGCGAGCACGAUGAGAACAUCAGUCCGACGCAGGCAGCGGCGCUUGUGGGGAAGGAGUUGGCGGGAAGGAUUGAGGACGCUUCGUUGAAGGUUUACCAGAUGGCUCACGACUACGCCGCUGCGCGCGGCAUCAUCAUCGCCGACACAAAGUUCGAAUUCGGGCUCGACGAGGCGACGAACGAGCUGGUGCUGGUGGAUGAGGUGCUCACGCCGGACAGCUCGCGCUUCUGGCCCGCGGAUCGAUAUGAGAUUGGGAGAGGGCAGCAGAGUUAUGACAAGCAACCGCUUCGAGAUUGGUUGACGAGCUCGGGCCUGAAGGGGAAGGAAGGAGUGAGGAUGCCGGAGGAGGUGGUGAGGGAUACGGAGCAGAGGUAUCGAGAAGCGUACGAGAGGUUGACGGGGGAGAAGCAUAGAUGA